AUGAAAUUUUGGUGUGGAAGUUCACGACGUAAAUCAAUCGUAAAAUCUAAUAAUUCAUUAUCAUCAUCUGCUUCUUAUGAAACAAUAUCAUCGCUACCUAUUCAAAAAUCUGAUAGUGGCUUUUCGGAAACAUCAUCAUCAAUUAUACAAUCUCAUACAUCUUUCGAACAAAUUCUUAUUAUUGAAAAAACACAUCAUGAAAAUUUAAAAAAAUAUAUUAUUAAAUAUUCUCGACCAUUACGACGUUAUUUUAAUCCAACUGAAAUCGUUAAUCUCUUUCAAAAUAUCGAAAAAAUUUCUACAAUAUCAAAAUCAAUUGUUCAUCAAUGUGACAAAUUACUUCGUGAACAUUCUAUCUCUCAUAUACCAAUAUCAAUGAUUUAUCAAUCAUCGUUUGGCGUUAUGAUUGACUCAUAUAAUACAUACAUAUCACGAAAUAUCGUAUCUCAACGAACAUUAAAACAAUAUAGUGAAAAAAUUGCAUAUUUUCUUCAAGUUCCAAUUGAAGUUGUUGAACAAGAAAUUACUGAUUUUAUUCUAUUACCACUUCGUCAUAUUUGUAUAUUAAAUGAUCUAUUUCAAAAUUAUGAUUUAACCAACAUGAUUGAAGCUAUUAAUUUUUUAUCAAAUCAAGCAAGUUGUAUUCUUCGUUUAUCAUCAAAUGAUCAAGAAUCAAUAUCAAAUUUAUCAUUAGAAUCAGAUAUACAACCAAUUAUUGUUUUACAACGUACAGAUAAAGAAUCAUGGAAAUCGAAACAACUUGAAUUAUCAAAAUCAAGAUUAUUGUUUACUGAACUUAAUGAAUCGUCAGUUAAUACAAGUAUUUGUUUAUCAAAUGUCGUUCAUAUUGAAGAAGAUUUUGCAAAUGAAAAAUUAUGUUUAUUAAUUGCAUCAAAUAGAAGAACAUCUGAACAACAUUCAUUAACUGUUAUUAAACGUGUUUAUCUCCGAUUUGAAAAUCGAAAUGAAUAUUGUAUUUGGUUAUAUUAUUUAAGAAAUGCUAUUCAAGAUGCAAAAGAUCAAAAUUGGACAAAGAGAAAUGAACUUUUUAUUUAA